CCAGAAGACUGACAAUGAACAGGAUAAAUUGUACUUCUUGGAACAGUAUACAGCCGGUGAACCCCAAGAGCUUGUCCGCAGCUGCACUCAUAUGACACAAAGCAAAGGCUAUCUUGAAGCAAAGCGGCUACUUAAUAAGCACUACGGGGACGAACUACGGAUUGCCAGCGCGUACAUAGAUAAAGCACUAACAUGGCCACAAGUGAAGUCUGAGGAUGGAAAGGCGUUGAGUGCUUAUGCAAUGUUCCUAAUUGGAUGUCUCAACACCAUGAUGGACAUUGAAUACUUAGACGAGAUGGACAACCCUACCAAUCUACGGACAAUGGUGUCAAAACUGCCGUACAAAAUGAGAGAACGUUGGCGGGCUGGAGCUUUUGAUAUCAAAGAGCGAAGUGGCAGAAGAGCGAAGUUUGCUGACUUGGUGAAAUACAUCGACCGUCAAGCUAAAAUAGCAUCAGAUCCCCUCUUUGGUAAUAUACCAGACAGCCACCCAUCUACAAGUGGAAAAACAGAACAGAAAGGGAGGUAUCCCCCAAAGAAAGAAAUACGUGGAAGCAGCUUCGCCACCAAUGUUUCAGCAGAAAGCAAAGUGCCUCAAGAAAUGCAUGCUAAGCCAGCGAUCUCAAGCAAAACCACAAGUGCCUUUGAUAAGCCGUGUCUGUACUGCCAGCAGCCUCACACUCUUGCUGCAUGCAGUAAAAUCAAAGCUCAACCACACAAAGAACGAGUGGACUUCUUGAAGUCAAAGGGAUUGUGUUUCGGAUGCUUAAUGCCUGGCCAUCUCAGCAAAUUCUGCAAAAGAAGAAUUGAAUGUAAAGAAUGUAAGUUGAAGCAUCCGGACAUUCUGCACAUAAUCAAAGAAGGAUCUGCUGUGCCUGAAAAGAAAGAAGAUGCUCAUGGAAGCCAAGUAUCAUGUGCUCAGGUUUCUGUCCAACAGGAGUCUUGUAGCCUCACAGGGGCCGGAGAAGCUGAAUGUGUGCUGUCAAUAGUACCGGUGAAAAGCUCAUGAACAGUUUAGCUAUCUCAGACCUUGAGGUGUGUGGAUGGGAAGACACCAGCUUCAUUGACCUGCCGAAGGUGUUCACACACAGAAACAUACCUGUGCACACUGGAAACAUACCUAAGCAGUCAGACAUCCAGAAGUGGCCUUACCUCAGAGAAGUGAGCUUGCCAGAGAUAAAAGCUGACAUAGGCCUACUUAUUGGAGCCAACUGCUCGAGAGCAAUGGAGCCAUGGCACAUUAUCAACAGUCAAGAUGGAGGGCCGUAUGCUGUCAAGACCGCCAUUGGCUGGGUGGUGAACGGACCCGUAAGAAAAGAACUAAAAGACGAAGAGAGUGAGUCACCUCAUCUUUCAGUGAAUAGGAUCUCCGUGAUGGAAAUUGAGAAACUUCUGGUUGAACAGUACAACACUGAUUUUCCAGAGCGAAAGUACGAUGACAAAGAAGAGAUGUCCCAGGAAGACAAACAGUUUUUGCAGUCUGUGCAGAAGACAACAACAUUCGAGAGUGGGCAUUACUGUGUUGGAUUGCCACUCAGGAACGAGAAGGUCAAAAUGCCCAACAAUCGGUGCGUUGCUGAACAGCGCAUAACCUGUCUGAGAAGAAAGCUACAGAAGAAUCCUGAGUUCUUUGAGGACUACAAGAGCUUCAUGCACACGAUCAUUGAAAAGGGCUAUGCCAUUCAAGUUCCACCACACCAGCUGAACCGUGACGACAACAGGGUGUUCUACAUACCACACCACGGUGUUUAUCACCCGAAGAAGAAAAAGCUCAGGGUGGUUUUUGACUGCACCGCCUCCUUCCAGGAUCGAUCUUUGAACAGUGAGUUGCUUCAAGGGCCCGACAUGACCAACACAUUGGUUGGUGUCCUCUUAAGAUUUCGUGAGGAACCUGUGGCGUUAAUGGCAGACAUUGAGUCGAUGUUUUAUCAGGUUAAAGUGCCAGAACAUGACGCAGACCUUCUACGUUUUCUUUGGUGGCCAAACGCCAAGUUGACUGAACCUGUGGAAGAAUUCCGGAUGGCAGUGCACCUCUUCGGAGCCACCUCUUCGCCGAGUGUUGCCUCAUAUGCGCUAAGAAGAACUGCUGAAGAUCACAGAGACGUUGCAUCCCUAGAAGCCGUUCAGACAGUCCUCCGUAACUUCUAUGUGGAUGACUGCUUGAAGAGCCUAGCAACAGAAGAUGAUGCAGUGACCUUAGCAAAAGAUCUGCGGACUUUGUGUGUCAGUGGAGGCUUUACUUUGGCGAAGUGGAUGAGUAAUAGCAGAAAGGUGUUGCUAUCAAUCCCAGAGGCUCACAGAGCUAGUGAAGUGAAAGACCUGGAUCUGAGACAUGACGCUUUGCCAGUUGAAAGGACCCUCGGUGUCCAGUGGGACACGGAAUCCGAUCAUUUCACUUACCGAAUGAAGCUGCAAGACAAACCGAUGACCAGAAGAGGCAUCUUAUCAGUUGUCAAUUCCAUCUACGACCCCCUCGGCUUUCUGGCCCCGGUCAUCUUGCCAGCUAAACUACUGUUGAAAGAACUCUGUAAAGAACAACAUGGGUGGGAUGAAGACGUCGGUGAGAAGCAUGCUGAACAUUGGAGAAAGUGGAUUGAAGAUGUUACUCACCUCUCCAACUUUCGCGUGAACAGGUGUUUGAAGCCUUUGGAUUUAGGAUGCACUGCAGCAGCGCAGUUGCACCAUUUUUCAGAUGCCUCUGAGUACGCAUAUGGCACUGUGUCUUAUCUGUUAUUGGAGAAUACAGAAGGCAAGAAACAUUGUGCGUUCCUUAUGGGAAAAUCAAGAGUAGCCCCACUCAAGUUGAUCACUAUCCCAAGACUUGAGCUGACCGCAGCGGUUGUGGCAGUGAAGGUAGACAAGAUGCUACAGCAAGAACUUAAGAUCCCACUGCAACAAUCCAUCUUCUGGACAGAUAGCACUACAGUGCUCAGAUACAUCGACAGCGAAACAGCCCGUUUCAAGACAUUCGUCGCUAACAGAAUUGUACUCAUCAGAGAAGCAACCAAGCCGUCACAAUGGAAGCAUGUUAGGACGACAGAGAAUCCUGCAGAUCAAGCCAGCAGAGGCCUGAAGGCAAAGAACUUGGUCCAAGGGGGAACCUGGAUCAACGGGCCAAACUUUUUGUUGAACAGUGAAAGUGACUGGCCAGAGCAGCCAGACAGAAAAGAAGAAAGCCUUCCAAACGAUCCGGAAGUCAAGAACAAAGUCACUGUCAACGCAAUCAAGGUCAAAGAAGAUAUGGAACCAUUGAACGAACUGAUAAACUACUACUCAGAUUGGCAUAAAUUGAAAAGAUCAGUAGCCUGGAUUUUGAAAGUAAAGGAAACUCUCUGGAAGCUGAAGGAAGAAAGAAAAGAGUUAUUACAAACAAUCCAUCAAACUGAAAAGGACCCUGAAAAGCAAAAGUCAAAAUUAGAACAACACAUGAAGAAAUACAAAAGAACAAUAGGAAAGAAAUCACUUACCUUGGAUGAUUUAGUAGCUGCUGAAUCAGAGAUAAUCCGAUGCAGCCAGAGACAGCAGUUCAGAGAAGAGGUCAAAACCUUGCAGAAGAGCAGACAGCUCAGCCGCAGCAGUCAGUUGUUCAAACUGGACCCCAUUCUCCAAGACGACACUUUAAGGGUUGGUGGAAGACUCAACAAGUCUGCUAUGCCAGAAAAUGCUAAACAUCCAGUGAUUCUGUCUAAGCAUAGCAGAGUCGCCACACUGAUUUUAAGAGACAUACACCAAAGAACAGGACACUGUGGACGCAGUUAUGUCUUGGCACAGCUUAGACGCAAGUACUGGAUCCCACAGGCCAAUUCUGCAAUCCGAAAGAUAAUCAGCAAAUGUACAACAUGCCGCAGGAUCAAUGGAAAGGUUGGAGAGCAGAAGAUGGCAAGCUUGCCUGAAGAUCGCCUCUUGCCAGACAAACCUCCUUUCACAAACACCGGUGUUGAUUUCUUUGGACCGUUUGAUGUCAGACGGGGCCGGGGUACGGUCAAGAGAUACGGCGUGAUGUUCACUUGUCUCACACUCAGAGCGGUGCACAUUGAAGUUGCAGAUAGCCUUGACACUGACUCUUGCGUUAAUGCAAUUCGACGUUUCAUAAGCAGAAGAGGCCAAGUUACCAUCAUGAGGUCGGAUAAUGGCACUAAUUUUGUGUCCGCUGAAAGAGAACUGAGAGAAGCCAUCCAACAGCUGGAUAACAUCAAGAUUGAAAGAGUCCUGCAACCAAAAGGGAUAAAGUGGAUAUUCAACAGCCCAGCAGCCUCUCACCAAGGUGGGGUUUGGGAAAGACAAAUCCGGACAGUGCGAAGGAUCCUUAAUUCCUUAUUGAAAGAACAGACAGUGAAUGAUGAUUGCCUACACACAAUAAUGUGUGAAGUGGAAAGUAUCAUAAAUGGCAGGCCGCUCACAAGCGUCUCAGAUGAUGUGAACGACGUUGAGCCUCUGACACCGAACCACUUGUUGUUGCUGAAAUGUCAACCUAGCAUACCUCCAGGCAUAUUCAGCAAAGAUGACACAUACACAAGAAGAAGAUGGAAACAAGUCCAAUAUCUCGCGGAUUUAUUCUGGACCAGAUGGACACGUGAGUAUCUUCCACUUCUACAGGAGCGCCAGAAAUGGCUGAAGCCUAGAAGAAACUUCAUGACCGGAGAUGUCGUGCUACUAGUGGACAGUUCCUCUCCACGCAACUCCUGGCUCAUGGGGAAGGUUGUGGAAACAUUGCCAGACUCAAAUGGAACAGUGAGAAGAGUAAAGCUAAAGACUAAAACCAGCACGCUGGAAAGGCCUGUAAACAAGCUGUGCCUAUUGGAAGAGGCAAUAUCAGAAGACUGAAGAGAGAAGAUACUAGUUUAAAAGUUUAUGGACAUUUGAAGUAUUGUGGCUCUUGUUUGUUGUUAUAAUGUUUAAGUUAUAAUUGCUUAGUCCUCCUGCCUAACCAAUUAGGGGCCGGGUAAUGUAAGAGCCAAAUUCAUGAUUUCAUGUGUUAUAAUAAUUUAGUUUAAAAAGAUUUAAAAAGGUAUCUGAAGAUAAAUAAUUUCAUUAGGAUUUGAAAGAAUGUUUAGGUUGAACUAUAUAAUUUAGUAUUGCAUUUAAAAGCUGAAUAACUUGUAAGAAUGUAAGCUUCCAAUCAGAUGACGUUACGUCAGUGUUAUACCUGCGUAUGGAACUUUUAGUUUAGAUUUGAGCUCAGAGAUGUUGGAAGCGACAUAGUUUUUUGACCGUGUGAACUUGUAACUCUAAGUUUUCUAGUAAACAUUUUUUAAUGGAAGAUUUACUUGUCUCACUCGCGUGUCAAUUAAUAGUUUCUAAGACUGAACUCAAAAUUGUGGUACAGAAGACUCAGAACAGACGGAGUG